AUGGCUAAAGAAAUUAAAGAUAUCAAAGAAUUCGUUGAAUUAGCUAGAAGAGCUGAUGUUAAAUCUGCUGUUGUUAAAGUUAACUCCAAAAUUAACGCUAACGGUAAAAAAUUCAAACAAACUAAAUUCAAAGUUAGAGGUUCAAGAUACCAAUACACUUUAGUCGUCAACGAUGCUGGUAAAGCUAAAAAAUUACAACAAUCAUUACCACCAACUUUAGAAAUCACCACUUUAUAA